AUGGCACUGGAGGAGCUGAUGGCAGCUACCAACAAUUUUAGUGAGAAGAACGUGGUCUCAGAGGGAGGGAGGCAGGCGCUGAACGUGGUGUACCGGGGAGUCCUAGGGUCAGAGGGGCUGCAAGUGGCAGUGAAGCGGUUCCAGAAGAAGGAGUGGGAGGACGCUCAGCAGUUUGCCGCAGACGCGACAGCAGUGGGCAGCAUUCGCUACCCGGGGCUCACAUCACUACUGGGCUUCUGCUGUGAGGGCGAGCACAGACUGCUCGUGUCUGAUUUCAUGCCCAACUGCACGCUCGCGCAACACCUCUUCCACUGGGAGCAGCGCCCCAUGACCUGGCUGGCACGGCUGGCAGUCGCCAUGCGUGUGGCUCAAGCGCUGGAGCAUCUGGGGCGGGAGAAGGGAAUGCCUGUGUAUCAUGACCUUAACCCGUACAAAGUGCUGCUGGAUAAGGACAACCAGCCAAAACUCUCAUGCUUCGGCCUCAUCAAGCCUCUUAAGGACGGUCGCUACAGCUCCAAUCUAGACUAUUUACCUCCGGAGCAGCUGUUGCAUGGGAGAGUGACAGCAGAGAGUGUGGUGUACAGCUUCGGACUCAUUCUUCUGGCUCUCUUUAGUGGCAAGAGCAUUCGUCCCACACAGUUCCUAGAGAUGGUGGAGGAGAAGCAGGAUCUAUCCCUCCUGCUCGACAGCAACCUCCUCUCGCACGCACCGAGCGUUGAAUUCGCCCUCGAGCUCGUGCCUCUGAUUGCUGAGUGUCUCAAGAAAGACCCGGCUGAUCGCCCCCCCAUGGACAGCAUUGCAGAGUUCCUUGGGAUACUGGACGACCGCAGCAGGGGCAUUGGCAAUUCACUUGGCCUUGCGGGAGAGGGAGAGGAGAGAGAUGGGGGAUGCGCUCCAGCUGCCGCUGCUGCUGCAGCUGCAGCGUCACCGUUGGCCCGUGCGGCCAUGGAAGGGGACUGGGAGGUGCUUCACCGGAGGCUGGUCACUGUGUCCUUCACUCCGCCUCAAGAGCCAUCCUUUGAGGUGUGGAACGCUGAAGUGCAGGAUCUGGUGUCAUCCAGGCAGAGGGGAGACAAGGCGUUCAAGAGCCAGCAAUGGGAAGAGGCGAUCGCUCUCUACACCAAGUUCCUCAAGUGUGACUCUCCCCCAAUCCCCGUGCUGUUUGCGCGGCGUUGCUUGUCCCAUCUGCAACUGGGGCACUGGGAAGAAGCCUACCAGGACGCCCUACAGGCCCAGCAGUCGAAACCCGCUUGGCCUGAGGCAACCUACCUAGUAGCUGCUGCACUGAUUCGAUUGGGAAGGGUUGACGAGGGACAGGAGAUGAUUGCUGCAGCGGGCAGACUAGAAAACAAGGCAGGCCAAAUGGCGCGCUGCCGCGGUUUCAUACACCGCCGCAGUGGCUGGGGAAGCUUUGUUAAUAACCGACGCGCUUGCUGCGCGGGGACGGUUGCGCUCCUUGCGCUCAUCGCUGCUCUUUCCGCAACUUCUCCAGCAUCCGCGCAGUAUCUCUUCCCCGCCAUCCCCGCGCCCCCUCCCCCGAACACUUCCGACGCUGCUUCCGCCACAGCCGCUUCCGCUUCACCCCUCCCAAACGGGCAACGCAAUAACGGGGAGGAAAUCGACGAGGACGCGCUACCAGUGGUGACUAUAGCGGGGCCUCGGUUAUGGGAAGUACCCGGACGGCAACCAGAUAAACCCGCUUCACUAUCUUCCGCCACGUCAGCAGUUACAACCGCUGCCACGUCAGCGACAGGUUCGUCUGGGUCAACUAGACGACCCAGUGGCGAGGAACUCUAUAUCGUGUAUUUCAGAAACGUGCCGUCCGUUAUAGACUACAAGGGCGGCAUUGCGGGGUUUGCUGCUACAGCCGCUCCUGCUAUAGGCGAUGGCCUUACAGCCUACGCUGCUACAGCCGCCACAGAUGAUGAUGAUGAUGAUGGUGGUGACGUGGAAGGUUUGGAGGCUGGAUACGAUUCGGAUGCUACAGGGACCCCGUAUGCUUCAGGUGGUGCUGCUGGCGCAGGCGCAAGGGGCGUGGGCGGAAGGAGCGGAGGCGCAAGGAACGGAGGCGGAAGGAGCGCAUCAGUGGCGACAACAGGACAAGAAAACGCAACAAUGGCAUCUGUAGCCACAGCAGGAGUAGUAGGCGUGAGAGGAGGGGCAGCAGGAGGAGUAAGACGAGCAAGAUCAAGGGCAGCAGCAGGCAGAGCAGCGGCAGCGGCGGCGGCGGUGCAGGCGAUGGGGGCGCUGGACGGCCCGCGCGGCAGCAGGCGCGCGGACGAGCGCGAGAGCGACGUGCGCGCGUUCGCGCAGUUCGUGGGGGGCGUGCAGCAGCACAUGCUGCAGGCCGCCGGUAUUCCCAAGAACCGCAUUGUGCACAGCUACCGCUACGUGUUGAACGGAGUGAGCGUGAAGCUGACUCGUUCAGAGGCCCACCGCUUGCAGCGCCACGAGUCGGUUCUCAAGGUGGAAAGGUCUCAGACGGUGUCAGUUCAGACCAUCCACACGCCGCAGUUCCUGCAGCUGCCCUCGCGCGUGUGGCCGAGCGUGGGCGGGAGGAGCAAGGCGGGCAACGGCAUGAUCAUUGGGGUUGUGGAUACGGGUAUCUGGCCCGAGCACCCCAGCUUUAGCGAUAAGGGCUACCCCCCCGUUCCUCCCCGGUGGCGAGGCACGUGCAUGACGACAGCCGACUUCAAGGGCUGCAGCAAGAAGAUCAUCGGCGCGCGCUACUUUGCCGAGGGGCUCGUGGCGUCUGGUGGCGCUGUGGACCCAUCCACUGAGUACCUGUCUCCCAGGGACGCCAGCGACCAUGGCACGUGGUGUGCGGGGGCCGCAGCAGGCAAUCCGGUAAAAGUGUCGGGAGGAGGGGUGCAGUUCGGCACAGCGAGUGGCAUGGCGCCCAGAGCUCGGAUUGCAGUCUACAAGGCCAUCUGGGUGCAGGGCAAGCUGGCCGUUGGAUCAGACUCGGACGUGUUUGCAGCCGUUGAUCGCGCGGUGGCGGACGGUGUGGAUGUGCUGAGCAUGUCCGUGGCGAUCAACGAGGAGACCUACUUCAAGCAUCUGGCCAUGCUCAGGGCUGCGAGGGCAGGGGUGUUUGUGUCACUGGUAGCGGGCAACAGCGGGCCUCCCCCCGGAAGCCCCAAGAUUUAUCGCACGCUCACCAACCUCUCGCCUUACUACAUCACCGUUGCUGCCAGCACGUCCAGCCAAGCCUGGCCGCCCCAAGCCAGGCUGUCGCUGGGCAACAGGCAGAGCUACCUGGGGGACACGCUGCUGGGGGGCAGCACUGCCACGCGCCAGCUGCCUCUGGUGGACGCCAAAACCGCCCCUGCUGCAGGGUACACGGCGUCCCAGGCAGAGGCGUGCAUGGCCUACUCGCUCUCGCCCUCCAAGGUGCGGGGUAAGAUCGUGGUGUGCUGUACGGGGUUCUCCUACGCGAGCGAGAAGGCAGCGGAGGUGGCGAGGGUGGGCGGGCGGGCGAUCAUUGUGGUGCCGUACGCCAAUGGGGAGGGCGCCGUGAAGGCCGUGGCCUUGGGAUUGCCGGGGCUGUUCCCCGUGUACUGGAAGGGCAAGGCCAUCCGGGAGUAUAUUCGCAGCACACCCAACCCCACCGCAACCCUUUCGGCGCUCUUCCUACCCAAGCAAGUCGCGCCCGAAAUGGCCUCCUUUUCCGGCACAGGCCCUGCAGUCAACCCCGCUGACGGCUUCUACGACAGCAGCAAGAUCACCAACGCCAUCUUAAAGCCCGACAUCACCGCGCCUGGCGUCUCUCUCCUCGGCCCCAUGGCUGCCGGAUCCACCUCUGAAGGAUCCUUCCGCGCGCUUUCCGGGACGUCCAUGGCGGCUCCACACAUAGCGGGAAUCGCGGCGCUGCUCAUGCAAAAAUACCCGACCUGGAGUCCCGCGGCGGUGAAAUCCGCGAUGCUAACGACGGCGUAUACGACCAACACGGCGAGGAAAUUUAUCCGAACUGCAAAAGGACAAAUGGCGUCACCCUGGAAUUACGGAUCCGGGCACGUUUACCCCGCGAAAGCGCUCGAUCCGGGGUUGGUGUAUGAUGUUGGUAUGAUGGGCUACUUGUCGUUUCUGACGGGGGUCGAUCGCGCGCAAGCCAAGGCGGCGUUUCCGCAGUGGAACGUGGCUCCCAUCCAACCGUUCAAUCUCAACCAACCGAAUAUCUGUGUGCCAAAGUUACGGAGCACCGUGACGGUUUAUCGAAGUGUGACUAAUGUGAGCGGGAAGCAGUCGAGGUAUUAUGCGACGGUGGUUGCUCCGAAGAAUGUCGCCGUAACUGUGCGUCCGACGAGCUUCGUGAUUGGCCCGGGCAAGUCGCAGGCUUUCACGGUUACCCUACGCCCGACGGCUGCGUCAGGCGCGUUUUCAUUUGGCAGUCUGACGUGGUCGGAUGGGGUACACUCGGUGAGAUCGGUGCUGGCAGUACAACCUAUUGCGGCGUAG